CAAAUAAAAGGAGGAGGUUUUGUAACUAUAGAAAAACUCAAAACUAUCUUUUAUGCGUAUAAGAUAUUAAUAAGAUAAAUCAGUAAACUACAAUAAAUAAUUUCUUCGGCCGGCAGCCACAGCACGAAGAAUCCCCUUGAACAGGGUUAUAGGUGAUUUUGUUCAUCCAGAUAAAAAACAAGAUGAUUUUUGUGCCCGUGUUUGAUGAUAGUGAUGGCGGUUCUGAAUCUCAGCCCAUGGAACCACGAAAUAUCUAUAAAGCAGAGGUUGACAUGUCAGGAGUUCCUAAGAUAUUUGGUCGAUUUGAAGGCGGCGGUAGUUUGUACCAGUAUCCUGAAGAUGAUACUGAACUUUUAGGCUUGUGUUGGACGCCAUCAGCGAAAAUGCGUUGGAUUGGUGGCAAGUUUGAUCGAACCAAGAUUUAUCAUGUGGAAAUGGAAGCUGAAAGUUGUACAGUGGAGGACUUUCUUAAAGUGCUGAAAGGAAUUGGCUGUGAAGACCUGUUCAUUGCCUGUUCCGUGGAAAGGGCCAAUCUUUUCUUUGUCGAGUUGAACGAGGAUAGCGCUACGAGGCUUAGAGGUUCGAGUGGAAUUUGUGAUGUAUAUCCGCGUGGGUGAUCUUCAAUUCAAGAUGAUAUUUAGGAGGACUUUUUGUUUUUAAUCUACAGAAAGCUUUUGUUCCAAGCAAAAUAUGGUGUGUAUAUGGCUAUAUCUAUGACUAAUAUCUAUGACCUAUGUUUAUAUAAAUCGACUAUUCGAACUUUAGCUAAAAGAAUGCAAUAUACUGGAAGCUGUCCUUUUAUGAUA